UUUGACAUGCCGCUGCCCAUUGUCGAGCACCGGAACCCGUUCGCGUCCAUCGAAGCGGACCUGCGCGCCGACGAUGCGUCGUACGCGCCGCCAUCGCCCGUGGACUUUGACGCGGACCUUGCGUCCUUCAAGCGAAGCGACGUGGCGUACGGCCACGUGACCAAAGACCGCCUCUUUACGCUCGACCCGGCCAUCACGAUGAUCAACCACGGCAGCUGCGGCGCCUGCGCGACACCGGUGCUAGCCGUGCGCAGCGCGUACCUUGCACUCCAAGAGCGAGAGCCCCUCAAGUUUUUCGAGGACCUCGGGCCACGCCUCGUGCGCGUCAUCCGGGUCCUCGCCGCGCACCUUGAGGUGCCGCCAAUGCACGUGCACUUGGUGCCCAACGCGUCGUCCGGCACGACGAGCGUCUUGCGCUCACUGCCGCUGACGCCGACCUCGUCGAUUGUGUCGUUCGACCUCGGCUACGGCGCCGUGACGCUGCAGAUCGCCCAAGUGUGUGCCGCCUCGGGUGCCCGCAGCGUUGUCGUGCCCACGUCGCGGCCCUACACACACGCGCGCAUCCUCGACGCCUUCCGCAGCACGCUCGACGCGACGCCGUCGGCAACUGCUGUCGUCGUCGAUCACAUUACGAGCAGCACCGGCAUCAUCCUCCCGAUCGAGGAGAUUCUGGCCAUUUGCCGCGCGCGCAACAUCCUCACCAUCGUCGACGGCGCGCACGCGAUCGGCCAAGUGCCCAUCGACCUAACGGCGCUGCAGCCCGACUUUUACAUUUCCAAUUUGCACAAGUGGAUGCUCGCGCCCAAGUCGGUCGCGUUCCUCUACAUCCGCGACGUCCAGCGCCAAGGGGCCCUGCGCGUCCAGCCGUCGGUCGUGAGCCACGGGUACGGCGGCGGGUACGGCGCCGAGUUUGGCUACCUCGGCACACUCGACUACUCGGCGUGGCUUGCAGUGCCCGCGUCGCUGGCCUUUCACGCCGCAAUGGGCGGCGAUGCCCUCAUGCAGCGCAACCACGAGCUCUGCGUGAGCGCCGCCAAGACCGUCGCCGCCGCGUGGGAGACGUCUCUGCUUGUUGACGAUACGCAGCUCGUCGGGUCGUUCUGCGUCGUCGUGCUGCCAUCGCGCCUCUUUGCGUUUCCGCUGAUUGCGGAGAACUCGACGCUGCUCCGCCACGCGCUGCUGACGCUGCACUUGCUCCUCCGACGCGAUUAUCAGAUCGAAGCCAUGUGCAUGCUCUGCGACCCGACGACCCCCGGCAUUCGCAUUGCUGCGCAAAUGUACAACCAAGCGUCCGACUACGACAAGCUCUCGGCCGCGGUUCUCGACCUCAUUGCCCGCAGUGACGUGACGUACUAGCAGCUUGGAUGUCUACUAACUACGUACUGAGAUGAGUGUUGUUAUCAAGA